GUACAGUACUGAGGGUCAUUAUUAGAGGUCUUUUCUUGUUUCUUUAUUCUUUUUUUCUUUUUGUUUCACUUUCACAGUUUCUUUUUGUUUGGUAGGAAAUGGAAAUGUUUUUUUGCUACCAUCACUUACAUCACUUACAAUACCGAUAAGCACUUUUGCUCCUCCGCUUAGCCAGUAUAAAAGGAAGCUCCAUUAAUCGUUGCAUCGCGGAGUUAUGCUAUAGAUAGUGUAGCAAUCGGCAGUUGUGCAAGAUGAACGUUUUGAAAGUGAUUAUACCAGUAAUGUGGGUGCUUUUUACAUCUGCAGUCCAAGGCGACGAUCAUCAUAACGCCGCAGAUAGGUUCCUCCCAGGGUUUGCAUACGAGAUGAUUGCAAACAAAUUGGAGUACCUGCAGCACAAACUGCACGGAAUGGAAUCCACUAUAAAAGAGGAUAGGAAGUCUUUCGCUCAACAGAUUCAGUCAAACAUGGCGCUCAUUGAGGCAGCCCGUGCUAACCACGUAAAGCUGAGGGAGGAGAUCCAACUGCUCGCGUCAAAGAAAGAUCUUGCACGAUUUGUGACCAUUUCCGGCUUGGAUCUUCAGAGCAUCUCGUUUGUAUCAUGCAAGGAGAUUCUAUCGAAGCGAUCGGGAAAAUACCUAUUACAGCCUAGCAAAAUCGAUAAACCUUUCCCGGUAUAUUGCGAACAGACAGCUUUCGGAGGAGGUUGGUUAGUGUUCCAGUAUCGUUACGACGGAUCGGUGGACUUUUUCCGCAACUGGACCGAGUAUCGCAAUGGGUUCGGCAGCAUGGAUGGAGAGUUCUGGCUUGGGCUGGAACGCUUGCAUCAAUUGACGUCAACACGAAAGUACGAAUUGGUUGUAGAGCUGAAAGACUUCGAUGGAAAUUACAAAUAUGCACGGUAUAAUGAAUUUAUAAUCGGCAGUGAGGAAGAACAAUAUCCGCUAGCAAAGCUGGGGUCGUUCAAGGGAACGACAGGGGACUCACUGACACAUCACAAGGGCCAUAAGUUUUCGACCAAGGAUCGAGACAAUGAUUUUGGAGGUGGAAACUGUGCUGAAUAUUGGAAGGGAGCUUGGUGGUAUAACAAAUGUUUCAGUUCUACUCUGAAUGGACUUCGUAAAAGCAAAGUGCACGCAGGAACUAUGGAAUGGUUGAGUUACAAAUCAAGUUCAGGAUUGGCAUACACAAGAAUGAUGAUUCGUGAGACGUAACAGUGGUGAAAUGUAAUUUCUAUAAAAUAAAGUCACUCGAUGAGUAACAAACGUUGAUUUCAUGGUCCGAGGCGGACACUUGCACAGUGUACAGUAA